CCUGAGUCGACUGCGCCGAGUACUGCGCCCGAAGAGCCAGCUACGAAACAACAGCUCCCGACCCAUUUGCUCACGGCCAUCCGAGACUUCAACAAGGCGGAUUUGCAAACCACGCAGCAGCCAGAGUCGGAGAGUGGAGUGAUUCCACCGACUGCGACAGGUGAGGAGACCGUGCCCGUCCGGCAGUCCAAACAACAGCUCCCGACUCAUUUGCUCACGGCCAUCCGAGACUUCAACAAGGCGGAUUUGCAAACCACGCAGCAGCCAGAGUCGGAGAGUGGAGUGAUUCCACCGACUGCGACAGGUGAGGAGACCGUGCCCGUCCGGCAGUCUCCCGAGUCGUUUCCGGCUGAGCCGCGUUCAACCAUCAGCGUUCAGUCGAAGAGGAGCAACAGGGACUCCCGGAGUUUCUUGGACGACAUCAAGGCACAGCGCUUCGCGCUGAAGGCCGUGGAGACCACCACGCCCUUGUCAAAGCCUUACUCAUGGAGGGCCAAGAUUGGGAAAGAGCCGUCGACGACCGGUGAGGGCCUGAUGGGAGCGCUCUCGGCUGGCCUGGCGAAGGUGAGAAAGGCGACGCACGGCGACGAGGAGGACGAAGAUGAAGACGAUGGCGAGUUCGUCUGCGGCUGGCGGCAGCCUCAGGGGGCCACCGGGUCGCCACCCGGCGCGGUGCGAGGGGGUCCGGAUGCGUUUUCCUACAACCUGGUCAUCAAGAAGACGUGCGAUGGUUCGUCUUGGCAAGGUGCCCUCUGCCUACUCAAGGAGAUGGACGAACAGCAGCUGGUGGUUGACAUGCUCACGUACCACAUGGUCAUGACCGCUCAGAUGAAUGGUUUGCAUUGGGCUGAGUGCCUGGCUACGUUGCAGGCUAUGGAGGAAGCACAGGUAGACGACCCAGGCAUCCUCGCCUAUGGGCCGGCAGUUGGCGCCUGUUUGAGAACUUUGCAGUGGGAACAGGCACUUCUCAUCGGCGCUGUGCUGAGCUUCGCAAUUCUGGUUUUCACGCGCGGAACAUGGCUGACCCAAGCCUUCUGGCAGUCCAACGCCUGCGACAGCCUCUUCGGGCCACCUCCGGACGAGACGACGUGCAAUGCCGCCCUUGCAGCCUGCGCAAGGGGCGCGCGCUGGCAGUGGGCCCUGGAUCUCCUCCCCAGGUCCGAGUUCGAGAGGCCCGAGAGGCCCGAGGCCUUGGGAUGCGUGCUGGAGGCGCUUCAGCUCUCAGCCAAAUGGCACCAGGCCAUGGAGCUCUGGGCUUUGCAGCCGAAGCCGAAUGUGAUCUGCACUUCAUCAGUCUUGCUGGCCUGCUCCCGCGCCCAGCGCUGGCCACAGGUUGCUGCGCUCCAAGAGGACUCCGCCGGUGCCCUCAUGGAGGCAUCUCAAGACCUGCAUCGAGGUGUCCUGGAACUUGCCCACGCUAACAUCGUGGUGGCCUUGCUGGACGCUUUGGAGUACAGGGAUCGAGAGGCCGCCGCCUUCAGAAAGACCCUCUACGAGCCGGCCAAACGUCAACUUGUGCAGCUGUCCAGGGCUGCUGCUCUUCCAGAACUUAUGGCGGGGGAGGCAGUCCUCCGCUGCAAGCUGCUCGAACGGCAGUCCUCCCUAGGACGCUUCUUCGUACACCGCUUCUGCUCGGAGCGGUUCGGCAGCCCGAGUAAGGCAGUGCAGGCCAAAGCAGCCAAAGCCUCCAGAAGGGCGAUGGCUCAGGCAGGAGGAAUCUGGGAUGAGAGACCGGUGGCAAAGCACAUCCUGGCCUGGGUUGAGUGCAGGCUUCCUUGGCUUAGCGGCAGCGAGCUCGAACUCCUGUCGGUGCUCAUCGCUUGGCUCUUGGCAGCUCUUGGCAGCGGCAGCUCGUUCAAAGGGGCUCGGCUCGGCGGACAUCGCGUUGAUCACGAGAUCCGAAGCCGAUCCGAGCUUCUCCCGCUUCAUGCCCGCUUCCUAACUGAGAGACCGGUCGGGUUGAAGAAGUUGGUUCUGUACUUGAUUGCCCUCGGGGUCGCUUGGAGUCCAGUCCAAGUGGGCAUCGCUUUCACCCAUGCCGCGGAAACUGCUUGGGGAUGGGCGACGCGGACGCGGAGGCCUCCUCGGCCCGAGGACCUGGAAGCAGGCGCUUUUCCCGUCGUGUCUUCUCUUCUCAUCUCCUCAUCAAAGCCCUUUGAGGUGAUCCCCGUGGUGGGCCGUCGCUACCCCGACGAGAUCUUCAGCGCCCUGCGCGGAGCAGGCUGCCUGGCCGGCAAGCCCGGGAAGCCCGGCAAGAUCGCGGCGGACGUGGCCGCCGUGGAUGCUUCUCCAGAUCCCGCGUCGCAGCUCCUAGAACUCCGAUGCUGCCUCCCUGUAGCGGAGCGUGGUGCCUUGGCCUGA